ACAUCACACAUAAUUUACACAUUUAUACCAUAUUUUUGUUAUUUUUUUUACGAAAUAGAAACGGAACUGAUCAAAAUAUCAAUUACGGGAUAUAUUUCCAUUUUUCAUAGAUAUUUCCUUAAUUAUCUCUUUGUAUCUCCAAUUGUAUAUUUAUGGAAUGUGUACAUGCCGAUUGAUAAGCUAGAUUUCCAUUUAUGUAGAUUAGUCAAAUUUCCUUGUACACAUUUCUAGGUUUCAUGUAGAGAUAGUUGCAUAUAAUAUAUUGUCGGCUGGCUUUAGCUAAUGAAUAAUUCACAACAAGACUUUGUGCUAAUUAAUGGAGAGCGAAUCCGACAAUGAUAAUGAUGAGCACAUUAUCGAAAUUACAAACGACGACGGUUCUUUAUCGGGAUCGUCUUUGGACGAGAGAAGCUACUCUUCAUUAAGCUCGUCUGUGUCUACGGAUGACGAAACGUCAGAUGAAGGUGCAAGUUCAUCUACGAGAGGCUGUGGUAGUCUUUGGAAUACAAUGGAAUUAGUAGUCACUUUGGUUCAGAUUGUUGCAUCGUUAGUAGUUUUGACUGUGGCAAAAGAUGAACAUCUACAAGCACUUUUGUUAACAUGGGUCAUCGGUUACACUUGUGGCUGUAUUGCCAAUACGCUCGUUCUUCUCCUUUCGUGUGUCCGCAAAUAUAACCGAAUUGGGGUUUACUCAAGGACGAGAAUUGAUGGGGUAAUGGAUGCUUUGAAGAUGGGAAUUGAAUGUUUCUUUGUUGUGUGGUUAGUUUUGGGGAUAUUAUGGAUUUGUUAUGGACACUCAUCUCCUUCUGAUGCUCCUAAGCUCUACAGGUUUGACUCACAAUCAUGUCACGGUAGAGAAUUAGUUAAACCCUAAUUAUUCAGUACUAA